AUGCCUCCCAAGAAGGCCGCUGCCGCUGCCGCUCCAGCCUCCAAGCCCGCCGCCACUCAUGCCUCCUACAAAGAUAUGAUCAAGGAUGCCAUCAUCAAUCUCAAAGACCGCACUGGAAGCAGCCGUCAAGCACUCAAGAAAUAUGUGCGCAACAAUAACAACAUCAAUGCCUCCGCAACCGCUUUUGAUGUUCAGUUCAACCGUGCCUUGAAGGCGGGAGUUGAGAAGGGCGAGUUCUUGCAGCCAAAGGGCCCCUCUGGUCCCGUGAAGCUUGCUAAGAAGGAAGCCACUAAGCCUGCCGCCAAACCUGCUCCCAAGAAGCCUGCUGCUCCUGCCAAGACUACGACAAAGAAGCCUGCCACCAAGAAGGCCGCUGAGAAGGCUGAGAAGGCUGAAAAGGCAGAGAAGCCCGAGAAGACCACCACGAAGAAAGCUGCUGCCAAGAAGACCGCGACUGGCAAGACCAAGGCCAAUGUCUCCAAACAGCGCAAGGCUCCUGCUGCUGCCCCCGCAAUUGUCGAUGUUCCCAAGGUGAUUGGCAAGACCAAGUCGGGACGCAUAACCAAGACGACGGCCAAGUCCGCACCCGCACCUGCACCCACGACGAAGCGAGCUCCUCCCAAGAAGCGAAAGACGGCAACGCCGAAGAAACCAGAAGCAUAA